AUGGAGACACUGAACGCCAUGUUGUAUCUUCAUGAUCAAGGGCACCUCCACAGAGACAUCAAGGCUGGUAAUAUCUUGAUUGACUCCAAUGGGUCGGUGAAAGUUGCAGACUUUGGGGUUUCUGCUUCUGUUUAUGAGGCCAAUUCGAGUGGAGAGUCAUCGAUUCGGUUAAACGACAUUGCUGGGAUGCCGUACUGGAUGGCGCCUGAGGUGAUACACUCGCACAAUGGGUACGGAUGCAAGGCGGAUGUAUGGUCUUUUGGGAUCACAGCUCUGGAAUUGGCUCAUGGGGGGCCUCACCUGUCUAACUUGCCUCCUUCAAAGUCUCUGCUUUUGAAGAUCACGAAGCGGUUUCGGUUUUCGGAUUAUGAAAAUAGUCACGACAAUAAUUACAAGAGCAAGAAGUUCUCUAAGGCCUUUAAAGACUUGGUGGGUUGUUGCCUUGAUCAGGACCCGAACAAGAGGCCCACUGCAGAGAGGUUGCUUUGCAACUGA